CGCCACAUUCGAGCGGCAGACGAUCGCCGAAGAGGUAUCCGAAAGCUCUACGACUCGCACUCCCAACCCCCACAGCAGAAGUAGAAGAUCUCUCGCAGCAGAUAGGGGAAUCUAAUGGCAAUGCAAACGUUGGAAGACAACGACAGUCAGCUCAUUUUGGUGCAGCAGAAUCUGCGAUCACUGCCCCUGGAGCUGGUCAAGCGGCAUGCGGAGCACGUGGAGCUGCUAGAUCUGAGCCACAACUGCCUGAAGGAUCUGUCCUGGCUGGCGGAGUUCGAGCAGCUGCGUCACUUGGUGCUGGACAACAAUCGGCUGCACGAGGCACAACUGCGGACACUGACCCAGUCCCUGCCGCAGCUGGAGGUGCUCAUGUUGAACAAGAAUGAGUUCAGUGACCUGCCCUCAACAAUGCGACUGAUCCGCCGACUGUUCCCCAACCUGCAGUACCUGAGCCUCCACGGUAAUCCCAUUUGCCCAGAUGGCCUUGAGCUUCAGCCCUUCUCCGGCUACCUGCGCUAUGACUACGCGUACUACAGCAAUUACAUUGCACAGUCGCUGAGCAAACUGAAAUUUCUGGAUCAUGGUCUGGUGCAACGCACCUAUCAGUACGAGAGUUUUCCCAUCAACAGCUGCGGCAAACAGCUGAUAAAAACAACAAGCUUUUGACAAGACAAGGAUUUAUUUUGAUGGAAUUUGCUAUAUGGAUUUUUGGUAUACUAAAAAGC